AUGGCAGAUGUGACUCAGAUCGAUGACCGAUAUACGUUGUUGCGCCAUCUUGGAAAGGGGUUUGAGGGAGAUGCUACAAUUUACACUGACAACUUAAACAACAACACAGUAGUUGUAAAAACUUUCUUCGGGCCUUCUCGAAAUCCAAUGCCGUCAACAUACAUUGAUUUCUUUGGCAGACAAACUACACAGUGGCCGACGGAAAUACCUGCGAUGCUUUCAUUUUCAGGAUUCGAACGGAAACAUGGCACUGGUCAUAACCAUGGCGGUCUCCAUGUCUACAAAAAUGGGCUUGUGCCGGUUCUAGAUUAUUUUCUUCUCAAAAAUUCAUCAUCUCCAGAGGUCUCCUCACAGCAGUAUACUUGGAGUAUGGUAACACCCUACAUCGCUGGCGGAACUCUUUCGAAACUCGCACCUCGACUGAAACAAGAGAUAGCGUGGACGCCCCAAGAUCUGGAUGCCAAACUACGUCCGACGUUCCUUCGCCUCGUAUCUUCUCUUGUUAAACUACAUACUCGUGGCUAUUGCCAUGAAGACAUCAAGCCCGACAACCUUUAUGCCCUCACGCCCGAGCAUUGGCUUCUUGGCGAUCUCGGUAAUGUUCGUCAGCUAAACCACCAAUAUCAUUUUUCAUCCGGAUGGCGGCAGGCAAAUCAAUGGUCCAAUUGCGAGCACAACGAUGUCCGCCGCGCGCUCAAAAGUUAUAUGACACUGUUGCGACAUGGUAGCGUAUCGUCUCAGGAAUUCGACAUAGAGUUCUAUGCUGAACGGCAGAGUUGGAGCCGACUUUAUUGGGAUUUUAUGCGGCGACCUUUGUAUGCGACUGAAUUUAUCUACUUGCAGGAGAGUGGCAAAAAGCCGAUCAUCAAUUCAGGCCAUGGGCCGGCGCAAGUGCCUGGGUGGACUUCAUCACUUCCACCGGAAGUGGUGGCAACUGCAGUCGAAAGGGAACUUACAUGCACGAUAUUGAAAACCACUUGGAAGGAGUGGUGGGCAUUGGGUGGAUUUUGGCAGCGCAUUCCGCUGGAGAAGAGCUUGGUGUCGCGCAGAAGUAUCGAACGAUAG